AUGACUGUUUCUGAGUAUAUGAUCCAAUUCGAUGAGUUGUCUAUUAGGUGUGGAGUUGAUGAGACAGAGAGCCAACAAAUUGCUAGGUUCCGCACUGGAUUAAGGCCUGAAUUAAGGAGGGAGAUGUUUCCACAUCAUAUAACAUCUCUUGAACAAGCAUUUAAUCUAGCUCAUGACUUUGAGCAGAUGAACAAAGGGCAAAUGGGAAGGCGGUAUGGCAACCCCUCAAAUGAAACCUAUAAUAGGAAAAUCCAGGGCACUGAUAAGUCUAAACAAGCAUCUGCAGGGCAAGUCACUUCUCGUGGGAGCAACCCCACAGUCCAACAACCAGUGGACAAAGGGAAAGCCCCGAUAACGGGAUCUUCUCGCCAAAAUUCUGGCACAGAAGUAUGUUUCAAGUGCCACAAAAAGGGACACUUUGCCAGGCAAUGCCCUAAUAGGAAUUUAGUAAUUGAGAGAGAAGAAGAAGAAGAAGAGGAAGAAAAUGAUGCACCAUAUGAUGCUGCAAAUGAAGCGGGUGAAGAUGUGCUAAGUAGUGAGAAUGAUGAGAAUGCGCAGCUAAGUGUGAUGAGACGCCUUAUGGUAAUGCCUAGGGGAGAGGAAGAUUGGCAUCGUACUUCUAUUUUCUACACUUAUAUUAAGUGUGGGAGUAAAAGCUGCAAGAUGAUCAUAAAUGGUGGGAGCUGUAUGAAUGUGAUUUCAAAGUCAGCAGCUGAAAAGUUGAGAUUAAAAACAGAGCCUCAUCCCAACCCAUAUAAUGUUGCAUGGGUCAAUGCAACGACCGUGCCAGUAAGCCAUAGGUGUUUAGUCCCCAUUAAAAUUGGAGAGUAUGAGGACCAAAUUUGGUGUGACGUGCUGCCUAUGAACGUUGCUCAUAUUCUAUUUGGGAGACCUUGGCUAUUUGACAUGGAUGUCUCACAUAAUGGGCAUGCCAACACCUACUCUUUUAAGUGUAAUGGCAAAAGAAUUAUUCUCAGUCCACUUGAGCCCAAGAGUGGAAAAAGCAAGAAGAAAGAGGAGACGAAAGGAAAACAAGUUGGUCAACUCUUACAUAUUCUAAACAAGAAGGACUUUGAGUUUAAGAGUCAAGAAACUCAGGUCGUUUAUGUGGUUGUUGCCAAGGAAGCAGAGCAGAAAAGUCUUGAACAGGAGACACCUCCAGAAGUAUUCCCUAUACUUUCUGAGUUUGAAGAUGUCAUUUCUGAGCCACCGAGUGAGUUGCCUCCGAUGAGAGAUAUUCAACAUGUUAUUGAUCUUGUUCCUAGUUCAUCUCUACCUAAUUUGCCACAUUAUAGAAUGAACCCAAAGGAACAUGACGAGCUAAAGAGGAAAGUGGAUGAACUAAGGGAAAAAGGUUUUAUUUAG